UACAUAUUACUAACAUAGUUGUAAAACAAAAAUUGUCAAAAUAUUGGACUCCCGGCCCCGUCAGGCUAACGCCACAUGUGCCUUAAUAAAAAAUAUAUUUUGGGAAAAAAAUAUAUAUAUAUCUUUAUAUACCAAAGUAAGAACUAAACGGAAUAAAAAUAUUCAAAAUUAGAACAGUUACAAGCUGAUAAAAUGAGGGUGUACAAAAAAAGUUGUUAUUUUGGAAUGUAAACGCUUAAUAUCGUUUUACAGUAUAUUUUAUCGUGUACACAUGCAACAAAUAAUGCUGCAACAUAAAAACUUCAAAACAUCGUUCAAUGGAAUCUUGUCGUGUUUAUAAUUUUCACAACUCUCUACGAGAUUGAGUGUGUUGUCGCCAUUGGUUGAGGAAUAAAGUAGAUUUAGUGCUGUAUCUAGUUGUUUUUCAUCCAGUGAAGCAUUUUUCGAGUCCCAUCCGUGUUAUUCUGCUAUUCCGGAAGUACAUAGCGGCAACUGUGAACGGUUCUCACGUCCCACAGGGAACGCGUUGCAUUCCAGGAAGUACCAUCAACCGUGAAAAAAAAACGAUAAUAAGGAGGCCAAUUACCGAAGCGUUUUACAUUUUCUGCAUGUGUGGAACAUUGCACAUCAUCGUGAUUCUUUGAGAGAGAGAGAAGAUUCAACGAUUUCUCGCUAUCUGCCCAAAAUGAAUUCCUUUCUACGUGGUUCGACCAAUUAUGUUUGGUGCACUACCAGUGUCCUGGGCAAGGGUGCUACGGGGGCCGUGUUCCAGGGGGUAAACAAACACAACGGGGAACCCGUCGCCGUGAAGACAUUCAACCAAUUAAGUCACAUGCGACCGCACGAUGUGCAAAUGCGAGAGUUCGAGGUUUUGCGCAAGGUCAAACAUAAUAACAUAGUGAAAUUGUUGGAUAUCGAAGAUGAUCAGGAGGGUCGGGGGAAGGUAAUUGUGAUGGAACUGUGCACGGGGGGAAGUUUGUUUAAUAUAUUGGACGAUCCGGAGAAUACCUACGGGUUGCCCCAGAGAGAAUUUCUUCUGGUGCUGGAACAUCUGUCCGCUGGUAUGAAGCACCUGCGGGACAAUAAUCUGGUCCAUCGAGAUUUGAAACCGGGAAAUAUUAUGAAGUAUAUUUCGGAGGACGGACAGACCAUUUACAAAUUGACUGAUUUUGGGGCCGCGAGAGAGUUGGAAGAAAAUCAGCAAUUCGUUUCACUCUAUGGGACAGAAGAAUAUCUCCAUCCGGAUAUGUAUGAGCGGGCAGUCCUGAGGAAGUCUAUCAACCGAAGUUUUACUGCGAAUGUUGACUUGUGGUCCAUUGGAGUUACCCUGUAUCACGUGGCUACAGGAAAUCUUCCGUUCCGUCCCUAUGGCGGCCGCAAAAAUAAGGAAACAAUGCACCACAUCACGACCAAAAAGGCUCCGGGGGUUAUUUCGGGAACGCAAACCAGCGAGAAUGGUCCCAUAGAUUGGUCUCGACAUCUGCCGGCGCACUGUCAGUUGAAGGCGGGUCUCAAGUUCCUGGUGACGCCUCUGCUUGCCGGACUGCUGGAGGAAAACCAGAAGCGGAUGUGGUCUUUCGAUAGGUUCUUCUACGAAGUGCAGCAUCUUCUCAACAAGAAAGUUCUGCACAUUUUCUACGUUAACCGAGCGAACUCGAUUGAGGUUUAUAUGGAUCCAGAAGAGACCUGCUUCAAUUUGAAGGAGCAUAUUUUUGUGCAAUCGGAAGUACCCCAUGGUUCACAGCUUCUGCUAAUGGAUUCAGAGUUGUUUGAGCUCAAAGUAGGAACAAACAGCACGGCACGUGGAUAUCCUCAAAUCCCGGCGGAUAACCCUCUGAUGCUUUUCAACAUUGAGAAUAAUAACGUUACGCUUCCCACCGAGUUGGAUCUGCCAAAGUUUCCCUCGUUCCCGAGCGGAGUUUCCGUUGAGAACGACGCCAGCCUUGCGAAGGUUGGCUGCAGCGUGGGUCACGAGUGCAAGCGUCGGGUGGAAACCUUCACAUCGCUGGAUACGCUAAUGACGAAGGCUGUGGAGCAGUUUGCUGGAUUGCUGAAGAAUUUGUUAGUUAAGCUGCAUGAACGCGUUAAGCAUCUUGAGGACGUCGGUAAUUCGAUUUGGGAAAUAGCCGAUUUAGUUGAGAUUGCUGUUCUGAACAACGAAACCUACCAGAACAAGGCCACAACGAUCAGCGCCGAGUUGAACACACUGAAGGCAGCCUUCCAGCGGGUAUCGGAUCCGGUGCAGCAACUGCAUAAUCGCUUCGUCGUAGAGGAAUCUCUCAGCCGGGAGUGGAUUACCGCCUAUCGGGAUCUACGCAGCCCGAACAAGAACCGCGUCAACGAGAAGGCCAAAUAUCUGGUGGAUCGGCUGCGUGAUUCCUGGCAGCAUCUGCUCCGGGAUCGGGCUACCCGGUCGCUUACCUACAACGAUGAGCAGUUUCACGCAUUGGAGAAGAUUAAGAUAACGGAAACGGGUAAAAGGGUCAAAGCGCUAUUGAACGAUGACGUACGACCGGCAGUGGAGAUGGAGGCGGAGUGCUUAGCCGAUUGGUACAAGAAGGCACAAACAAUCUUCUUGCAGACUCAGUUCCUGCACAAGGAUGUGAGUGCGCACGAGGAAACUCUGUACGACAUCAGGGAUCGGUUGAUUCAGAUCAAGGAUGAUCUGAAGGAGGACAUCAAGAACGAUGGAGAGGUGUCCAAGAUUGCGAACGAAACGACGGUGAAUGAGCAGAACAUCGAGUGCAUGAAGAAGUCCAAAGAGAUGCAGUGCUAUCUGAGGGUAAGACUCUUUUCAACUAUCAACGAGACAUUAAAAAGAUUCUACAGCAAAACAGCGAGUUGGUGGAUGCAGUACAAAAUCUGGCGAAAGACGGCGAAGAAGCAGUUUGAGUGAAGACUGAAGAGGGUAUCGCAUGUGUAUGAAUGUGAUCUGUAUUAUUAUCUUGGUGUCAAGGCUAGCAGUGUUUAACUACUUAAUAUUGGUUUUUCUUACUUUUUGUUUUGUCAAAAAUUCUCCAUAUGCAAAAACCACAUACAGGACAUAUUCGUUUAUUCAGUGAGUUUGAAGACACUAUAGCUUCAACGAUUAGCAUGAGCAACGGAUUAUUCCAUAGUAUUACAAAAAAAUGGUAUACUCCAAUUAGAUGUAUAGCGUAACUUUUUUGUAUACUGUUGUUUUUAUUUUACUUAUGACAAAUACACGAAUAAAUUAUGAAA